AUGUCCAAUUGGCUUGGGUCCGCACACGAGCAGGUUUCCAACGCCCUGGCCAGCGCGCCAAGCCUGCAAGAUGCCGCUGCGAAGCUGGGCAUCGGUGACUUUUCACAGUGGGCCAGCGCGAUGGCCUUCGACCUGCACUCCCAAGCACGUGAGCAGGCUAAGGAGCUUGUCAAGGCAAGAAUGAAGCACGAGUUUGGGCCAGAGAUCCUUGAUAUGCUGAAUGCACUCUCGGACUGCACGCGGAAAAUCUCAGAGGAGUUGAAGCUUCAGAAUGCGAAGUUUGGCAUCACUUUGGCCCUUCCAUUGGUGGCCGUGCAGCACAACGCGCUGGAGCCGCCCACAUGCGAAGGACUGCUCCUUGACCCAGCGGUGGUGGCAGAAGGUAAUCAUUGGGUUGAUUUUGCCCAGGGUGCCUAUGGGACUUCCGACAUCAAAGGAUAUGACAAGGCGAGUGUGAUUAAUGCCAUCGAGCAAAGCGGUGGUGACAAGCGUGGGAUCGAGGUGAGAGUGGCGAACCUGCCGGCCCAAGGGGUCCAAAUGCCGGGACAUUAUGUGGCGUUGGACAGGACUGCAAAGAGGGCCGCUUCGAACUUGCUUGGAUGCUUGUAUUUUGUUUGCCCUCAAUCGAAACGAGCUCCGCCUUUGUCGAUUAAGACUCUCUUCUCGUCCUCGGUCUCGAGCGCUGCUUUCCGUCGUCAUGCAGCGGAUCCUGCACUUUGCACGCGUCCCAGUGUCACUGACUUGCUCCGCGAUUUUGAGCCCUCGCACAUGUUGCUACUUGAAGGAUCGUGUCGUUUAGGAAGUAAUUCAGUGAGGAUUUCGGUUGUGUUAGUCAGGUUUUAG